AUGGGAAGCGUCGCCGAAGCCGAGCUUCUUUCGCAUCUGGCAGUGCUUUUGCAGCCAGAGGAGCCGAUCGAAGAGCUCUUCCGAGACUUUCGAGUGGAGCAGAGCGAAGGAUGGAGUCGGAGCAUUUUGAGCCCGGAUCUGACGGUCUAUGGCGCCUUGCAGACCGAGGAAGCAGCUCUUUUUUUGGAGUACGACGGCUACUACCGCCACCUGUCGCCAAAGGGGAUUGCAGCGGACAUCCGCAAGAAUAAGGCACUCCUGGACUUUGCACCAAACGGAUCGCACGUUUUACGCAUAGCCCAUGCUCAUCGGGGAUUGGAGCUUUCGUGUGAGAUGGGAGAGGUUGUUGUUGACUUCUGGCAACUAGGCCACGAAGCAUCAUUGAUCAAGGCACUCCGUCAAGUCGCUAUGUCCUUGUUGAAACAACAGGGAAGUGCACUGCAGCCUGAUCGAAGAGCAGCGCUGCAGACCUUCGUGGGGACUCCUGGCAGGAGUGGUAUGCACGCAGCAAUUCAGUUGACGGAGAGAGUAGUAGCGGAGCGUGAGCUUGAGUUCGACCCAGCGCCUUUGAAUGAGUCUCUGCAGUCACAGCUGAGUUUGUCGCAUUCGGAAGCCGAAGACCUCGUGGUAAAAUUGGUACAAUGCCCAGCUCUAUCACACAGACUCAUUGAGCAACAACUCCAGCUUGCGAUGCAGUUCCUGGAAGACUUGGGGCUCGAAAAGGCUCAGGUUGCCAAAGCAAUGGCUCGAUUUCCAGCAGUUCUGGGCUACAGCAUCGAAGAGACCUUGAAGCCCACGGCACGGUGGCUUCGAGAUGUGGGAUUGUCGAAAGCUGAGGUGGCCAAAGUGAUUGCCCGAUGUCCACAAGCUCUGGGCUACAGCAUCGAAGAGAACUUGAAGCCCACGGUCCGGUGGCUUCGAGACGUGGGACUGUCGAAAGCUGAGGUGACCAAAGUGAUUGCGCGAUGUCCGCAAGUUCUGGGCUGCAGCAUCGAAGAGAACUUGAAGCCCACGCUCCGGUGGCUUCGAGACGUGUGGAGGCUACGCCAGGAGAUGGAAAAGCGGAAGCGUGAGAAGAGCCUUUCCAAGAAGAAGGAAGCGGACGAGGACAGCCAGCAGUCGUGUGGAGGAGGUCGCGCUGAUAGGGUGGCCGGGGCAGUUUGUGAGAAGGUUGGCAUGGAGUCGCUCUCCGAUGCUGCCGCCUGCGUAAUUCAGCAGACAUUCUAUGCCCUACAGAGCUCGGCGCCCAAGUACUUCUGCUCUGUUCCGCAGCCGGACCUUUGCAGCACAGGACAGAGAGGGCUUGCUGCUUUUGGGGAAUACGAGACUUGUAGGUGGGCAACGCUGCAGGCAGCUUGGUGUUGGGUUCGUUCAGGGCCUCUGGGGGGCUUUGCAGAAGUGGCUUCUUUGAAGGCUACGACAUUGGGUCUUGCGAGGCUACGAUGUGGGGUUCACACUUCUGAGAAGGAGCUACACAUUGAUGCAGGCCGGCUCUAUGACAACAUCGUCGAGACAGCGACUUUGCACAAUAGCCUCGCCUAUCCCGGACCACCCUCCCGCCCUAGGAUUCGGCCAACGCAAGGAGUCGAGGCAGGCAUCGUGAAUACCUGCCCCAGCGAGCCUCUGGAGCGUGCUGUUCGUUGGAUGACUUUGACGUGUCCUUUCCUAACCCUUGCCUUCCUCUCCUGCGAUCUCUGUGCGGUUCCGAGUCCUCCGGGCUGGUGGAAGGCCGGGCGUGCCCGGCAAAGGAUGGGAAGCGUGGCAGAGGCGGAGCUUCUUUCACAUCUGGCGGUGCUUCUGCAGCCAGAGGAGCCGAUCGAAGAGCUCUUCCGAGACUUUCGAGUGGAGCAGAGCGAAGGAUGGAGUCGGAGCAUUUUGAGCCCGGAUCUGACGGUAUACGGCGCCUUGCAGACCGAGGAAGCAGCUCUUUUCUUGGAAUACGACGGUUACUACCGCCACCUGUCGCCAGCAGGGAUAGCAGCUGACAUCCGGAAGAACAAGGCACUUCUGGACUUUGCGCCAAACGGAUCGCACGUUUUACGCAUAGCCCAUCAUCAUCGGGGGUUGGAGCUUUCGUGUGAGAUGGGGGAGGUUGUUGUUGACUUGUGGCAGCUACACCACGAAGCAUCAUUGAUCAACGCACUCCGUCAAGUCGCUGUGUCCUUGUUGAAACAACAAGGAAGUGCAUUGCAGCCUGAUCAACGAGCAAAGCUGCAGACCUUUGUGGAGACUCCCGGCAGGGGCGGUAUGCACGCAGCAGUUGAGUUUACGGAGAGAAUAGUAGCGGAGCGUGAGCUUGAGUUCGACCCGGCACCUUUGCAUGAGUUCGAGGCAAAGGCGAAUGCCCAGUUUCACUACGACACUACCGGUCACGAAAUUUUAAAUGACUUCGAAGGCCACCGUCUCGACUACUAUGUGCAGGGCUUUGGCACUGGUGGAACCUUUGCCGGUGCCGGGCGAGCCCUCCGGGAGCCCCGGGACUUCCGUGACAGCGGUGGGGCCACACGAUUCUGGAAGCAGCUUGAGACCUCCUACCGAUAUCUCUCCCGCUCGGACCCUUUCGUCCAGUGCGCAGAGCAGAGGUGGUCGAAUGCCUCUGAUUGCAUGCCUGGCCUCGUCUGGCAGCGCUACCAGCAGCACUGGUGGCAAAUCAUGCAGGAGGAAUAUGAAGCCUGCUGCAACCCUCUGACUCCAGACAGGUGCCGCGAGUCCGACUCGAUUCUGCCCCUCUGUGGAUUUCCCUACGGUUCCGUGGACCACCUGCCCUCCUUCCUUCCAGAGUUGAUUCUUCAGCUCCCAUCGGGGCCCAUGCGGCUGCGUCAGGGCAUUACGGAUGAGGACCUCCUCUGCGACUCCGGGAGGGGAUGCCGUUUGCGACCUUUCUUCGUGCACGACCUGGAGACCACGCUGCUUUGGUCCACGGCUCUGGCCGUCUACCUGGACUUGCAGCCUGGGCUCCAAGGCUCGGCGAUCGACUUGGGCGCCGGAGUCGGCCUCACUUGCAUGGUCCUGAUGAGGAAGGGCCUCGACGUGAGCUGCACUGAUGUGGACAACUUGGCUCUGGAGGCAGCUUCCAGAAACACCCAAGUCCUUGUGGAAGACACGGGAGGGAGAGCUUGGGGCUACGGAAGCUUGACGGUUCUCCGGUUCAACUACAGCACCGACCAUCGUACCUGGAGGCAACAGGGUGUCUUCCCUCCCUACGAUGUCCUGGUCAUGGCUUCAGCACCACAGGGGGAGCUGAAGAAACGCCUUGGCGACUUUGCACGACUCUUCCGACGCCUGGGAAAGCCAGGGACACGGGUCUUCCUGGAGGACCAGGGCCAUCGCAAGGCCACGCGCGCCGCCCCCGAGGACCGCGAAGCUGUGGAGGCCUUUGCAGAGGAGGGACUUCACCUGAUGGACAUGUUCGAUCCCUUUGAUCGUGGUCUUUGGCCGCUGCCUCGGGGGCGCAUCUACUCACUGCGCCUCGUGUGA